AUGAAGAAAGAGUCCCGAAAGACUAGAGGAACAAGUGCUGAUUACAGUUCAAUAAAUGAGGAUGAGGAGAAACCCAUGUGUGAUGUGUUCUUGGUGACAGGUAUCAGAAAUGAAGAUUGGGGCGAUUAUCUCAAGACUAGUGACACUUCUCAUAUCGUAGACCCUAAUGAUGAAGACUUACUCAAAAUGUCCGUAUUAGAUUAUUAUCCGAAUGAUAAACCACUCUCUGAGAUCGCAUACCUCCAAGGAAUUGAAAAAUGAUGAAUGCCUGUAAUGGACCAAUACAUUAUUGAACUCAAAGGAGAUCAUAUUUCUUCAGUAGAAGAGAGGCAAAACUCUGAAAACCUGAUCUAUGAUAACAAACACUUCGUUCAAAACUCCAAGCAUUAUAAAUUACGUGAUCCUCGAUUACAAAGAUUGAUGCAAGGAUCAGGAAUACUCAGGUCCUGAAGUGAUUUCUCUGAUCAGCUCACUCUGAUGAACAGCUAUGAAAUAUUUUAUUUCACUCUCACUGAAGCUGCUGGAGUUAGGAGAUAUCUAACAUCCAUCACUUUCUUUGAACUGUGUCUUGACAGAAGAAACUCUCGUGCAUUUCUGGUGCCAAUGGUAUAUAGCUUCAUCUCGAAUUACCCAAUUUUCAAAAUCCAAAAGCAAUGUCUAAUCACAAUGUUUCAGGAUUUGGUAAAGAACCUGAACUCCAAGUUAUUCAACGAUAUUCCGAAGCUGUUCAAAUACGUUGAAGCAGACAACUCAAAGUUAUCUCUCUCCUAUUCGUUAAUGACAAAGAGACUCGCUUUCUUCAUAUCAUUGAUGUUCACCUGACUCAAAGCUGGCUGUGGAGGCGAGGUCAUCAAUGUAUUUAAGACUAGUGACAAGAAAAAGAGUUUGAUUAAAUAUGAGAACUCCAUAACUUCUAGCCGCCAAUUUAAAGUUGAAAAUUUUGACUUCCACGUUUUGUUCAGUAAAAUAAAGAUAAAUGUGUUGAUACAGCUCUAUAUCGCUAUUCUCUUGGAAAGGAAGAUAAUUAUUAUCACUUCAGACACAAGCACUAACUCUAUUGUGAUAGAGAUACUCCUGUCUCUUCUAUAUCCGAUGAAGUGGAACCUGCCCAUUGUUUCAGUACUAAGUGAAGCUACUUUUGACUAUCUUGAUGCUCCAAUGCCCUACAUAAUGGGUAUCUCUGAAGAAAAUUGGGAAGAAAUUAAGGCGCAAAGAUGGGAUAGUCUUGAAGAUGACAUUUUCAUAGUAAAUAUAGAGACUAACAAAAUUACUGUAAAAGAGCCUCUGCCUCCACUUCCUCCUACCUUUUCAGACGUGCUUGAGAAGACUCUUGAAGGACAUUUAUCAAAGUUUAAUUCAGUAGAUAGAUCAUCAAAUGAGAGCGAUAAAGAUUUUGAAGAUUUUUGGGUGAAAGCUAGUCUUACCAUAAAGCAAGAGUUUCUCUACUUUAUAAUCUUCCUGAUGAACGACUUUGUACAGUGCUAUAAAAGCCACAACAAGCAUCUCCAACAGGAGGGAGAAGAAAUGAACUCUAUCAGAGAUAUUUUUGUAUAUGAGGAUUAUUUGAAAUAGCGUUCAUAAAUCAUCAGAUUUCUCGCCUGAGUUCACAUCAAAAUUCAUUCAUACACAACUAUUCACUCUUCUGGUAGAGCAUUACUAUGCUUUGGAUCAAGACCCUCUAAACUCACCUUCAACAGAGUUCCUCGAAUCACAAGAUACAGAUAACAGGAUAAUUUACUUCAGAAGACUCAUCAGAGAGUUUGAAAAAUCAGGACUCAGAGGGAUCAGGAAUAUGCACAAGUCAGAAAUUGGCUUCGCUCUCGAUUGUUAUCACCACCCAAAUGAUGUAUCAAUAGAACAAAUUUAUCUAUAUUUCUCGGAUAUACUCCAGGAUAAACUAGAUCAGAGAAAAAGGCGGCCUCCCGUCUGUAUAAAUUCCCUCAGAGUCCUGAGCUGUAUUAAGAAGGAAUACGUCGUUGAUAUCGGAGAUUUUUAUGAAGAAAUCAUUGGUGUAUCGACUAAAGAAAUGUCCAUGAGCGAGAACAUCAAUGUUGCUGAUAUUCACAAAAGAAAAUUCUGAAAUAUUGAAGUAAUGACUAAUAAGCGGUGUAUUAGUGAUGUGCUCUCUAAUGGAGAAAGAUCAGCAGAAUACCGCAAAAUGUCUCCGAAUGAUGAUUCUGUUAGUAAUUUCCAUUCAGAGAAAAUACGGCAUCAACAUAGUGAAAAGAUUCCGAACCGAAAAUAAUAAGUAUGAUUUCAGGCUCAAUUCAAGAGUCAGGUGUGAUACAAUGAAUUAUGAGCAUGCCAGGCCUAGAGCAUUUACUAAAGGGAUAAACUGAGAGAUAAAUUACGCUGAUUAUAGAAUGAAGCAUGCUCCUGAAGCAACACCAACAGCUCGACAUGAUCAUAUCCUAUCCUCCAGAGGCUCUUAUGCAAAAGAUAGAAGCUUUGAGUUUAAAUCUAGAGGUAAAAAUUUAUCAGAAGAGAGGCCUGUUAUAAACCAGCCAAGGUCAUUUAAGAACUUUAAUAACCAGAAAGAGAUGAGAGAUAUAAAGACAAUGAAAUCAAUUCCAAAUACGAGCCAGACACGAAAGUUUAGAGAUACAUACUCCCAGCCUUUUAAAUUUUCAAAAUCAAGUUAUGGAUCCAGAUCAAACGAACGUUCUCUAGGUGCUUUGCCUGCACGUGGACACAACAGGUUUCCUCCUAACAUGACUAGAGAUAGAGAAUCUCCCAACAAGCCUUUUCAGGAUAGGCACUCAAAUGAUUCUCCUAGGAUGCGUUCUAAUUAUAUGGAUAGACAUAUGUACAAGUCAGAUACUUUUCAGCCAAAAUUUAUAUCUCACAGUCGAGAUAAUGUCACAGAUAGUAGUGAAGAUGUGGUCCCCAGUCCUAAUUAUUUCAACGAAAGAAAUAGCUCACAUAACAUUCAACUUGGGUCUUCUAAAGAAGAAACUGUGAAUAACUUUGUGAAUAGGAUCAAAACAAGGAAAGAAAAUAUGAGAUUUAGAGAGUCAAAAAUCCCAUAUGGAGAUUCUGCUUGUGAGAAUCUCAAACCACCAGCUCUCAAAGAAUGAUUCUCGAUGAAGUCACCAACCCAUGUAGCUGACCCUAUUGAUCUCACUAGAAAUUCCUCUUCAGGAAAAUACUACGGAGAAAGGGACGGUAGCUCUAAUCUGGAUAGAUACGACCACCUAAACUCUGCGAGAGGUAUGGCGUACCCUAAAAAGCCAAGAUCCCUCAAAUGUUUAGACAAGGAUAUCCCAGAUGAAGGGAAAACUCGGAAAAUUUAUGCUAUUGGUAACCCACAAAGAAAUGAACUUAGACACCCGAAGACUAAGAAUUUCAGUUUUACUACAAAGAAUAAUGAUAAAUCAAGGGAUAUUCAAGUCAUUGGAGGUAGAAAGAUAUCACUUGGCUUGCAAUCUAAAAGAAAACAGCCUAACACUGCUUCGAAGUAUAACAAUAAGUUCAAUGCUAAAGAGAACUAUCAGUUUGAAGAAGAAGAUAAUGUUGCACCUAACUCCGACUCGAAGUGGAAUUUCUGGAGUACUCUCAAAAAUCCUUUUCAGUGGAUGGCCAUGCCAGAGGAAAACAAAGAAGGCCUAGAUAAGAGAGAAGAUCCUUAUGAUUCAAAGAAAAAUAGGUCAAUAGUAUACAACAAAUCGUCCAAUUCUAGUCUUCAAAAUGUCAAAUCAAGUGAGAACUAUGCUUCUAAAUAUGAUAAGAGGUAUACUGAAGCUCCUAGAGCGGGAUAUAAUCCAUCAGGAUUCAGAGGUGGGAGGUCCUCUUAAUCCUAAAUCGACAGUAAAAGCAA